AUGCUCGCAAUUGGUAUGGAAGGCUCAGCAAAUAAAGUGGGCAUUGGAAUUAUGCUACACCCAAAAGAUGGGGGUGCGCCCAAGGUCCUUGCCAACGUUCGACACACCUACAUUUCCCCGCCAGGCGAAGGCUUCCUGCCCAAAGAUGUAGCACGCCACCACCGAGCCUGGGUUGUCAAAUUAGUCAAGCAGGCACUACGAGAAGCCAAAGUAUCUGUCGCAGAUGUUGACUGUAUUUGCUUUACGAAGGGCCCUGGAAUGGGUGCUCCACUUCAGAGUAUUGCGAUUGCCGCACGAAUGAUGAGUCUUCUUUGGAAGAAACCAUUGAUAGGUGUAAACCACUGCGUUGGACACAUUGAGAUGGGCCGUCUCAUUACAGGCGCCGAUAACCCAGUCGUCCUCUAUGUGUCUGGCGGGAACACACAAGUUAUUGCAUACAGUGCUAAGCGGUAUCGGAUUUUCGGUGAGACACUCGAUAUUGCUGUUGGAAACUGCCUUGACCGAUUUGCGCGCACCCUACACAUCCCCAACGACCCGUUCCCCGGAUACAACAUCGAGCAACUGGCGAAAAAGGGCUUUAGACUGGUGGAUCUUCCAUAUGUGGUCAAAGGGAUGGACUGUUCCUUCUCUGGUAUUCUAGCAGCUGUCGAUGGAUUGGCUGUGUCUUUAGGCCUCAGCGGAGAGGAGCAGGCCAAAGCAGACGACGAGAGAAUCAAUAGCGGCGAAGCAGACAGAGAUCCUGAUGCUAGGCCAACUCGAGCUGAUCUCUGUUUCUCAUUGCAAGAAACGGUAUAUGCGAUGCUGGUUGAGAUCACUGAGAGAGCUAUGGCGCACGUGGGAUCAAAGCAGGUGCUUAUUGUUGGUGGCGUUGGAUCAAAUGAACGUUUACAAGAAAUGAUGGGAACAAUGGCCCGAGACCGUGGAGGCUCGGUCUUUGCAACUGAUGAGCGCUACUGCAUUGAUAACGGGAUCAUGAUUGCCCAGGCUGGUCUAGAGGCAUUCAAGACAGGUUUCCAGACCCCAUUGUCCGAGUCUGCAUGCACUCAACGGUUUCGGACGGACGAGGUCUUCGUCGACUGGAGAGACUAA